AUGAGAAAGUUCAACUUUUCCAGACCGGCACGUAAGAAGCCGCAGGAGCCUCAGCAGCCAGCACCACCACUGAUGCCCAUGAGUAAAGCCCAUAAAAUCCUGGGCUCGACGCCACUCAGCAUCGAUUCUUCUUCAAUUCAUAGCACCCCACAGCCAACGAUAAGUGUUGCUGGUAGUGGCUACGAAAACUCGACCCUAGACGAACUGGAAUUUGAUUUACCGGGCGGCCAGGCAAGGAUACCAAGGGCUGAUGCUGAGUUAAGAAGAGAACGUGGACCGUCCCCUUCAAACAUGAGGCUCAGUGCUCUCGCCGAUAGUGUUGGCUUUGGGGCAAUGGCCUUGCCCGGAACACUUAAGAAAGCACAGUCGUCUUCGACUAUCAAAUCUUGGCACGACAAAUCGAAACAUUCGCGGUCUCUUUCACGACAAGCCUCGAUCCCGAUUAUGAAUAAUGGCCUCUCCGCAAAGACACAUCACUUCCAAGAUACUGACAGUGCCAAUGAGUCUGCUAAACUACGAAAGAAGCCUCCGAAUCUCGAAUUUUCAAGCGGCGGACCAACCCCGCGGUUGUCUAAAAAAGGAUCGGAUACAUUUAAUUCCAAUCUAUCAAACAGCUCGACCAAAACUCCUACGCUCUCAUCUCCGUUUCCCACUCCAUCUCAUCGGCAGAGUGAUCUACGCGGCAUGUUCAAACGGCGAACAAAAGACAGCUUUCGAUCUUUCGCUACCGAACAAUCUCCACCAGGUACUGGGGAAGCCCGUCGAAUGACGACACAACUUUCAGAUAACGGGCUUUCCACAUUAUAUAACCACUAUGAACAGAUGACUUUUCGUCAUGGCUUAGGCGACGACUCCGAUCUCACAAACAACACUGCCCAAAAGACUGACCCAGCUGAUAGCCGGACAGAAGCGGAGUGGCGAGAAGUGCCAGCACGGCAAAAUCUGGACUGGCUUCACAAGCCUCUAAGUGAAUCACACGAGCCAAAGGCUGUGGCUCAGUCAGACUACUCCUCAUCGCCGGGCGACGGAGCUAGAAGUGUUUCAAGUAGACACACUCGAACUUCAAGGGCGUCUAGGAUUACCGACGGCGGGAUGCAGGAGGCCGAUUUCCAGGAGAAGAGCGUGCUGCUUCUAUCUUCUGACUCUGAAGAGGAUGAUGACGGCAGGUCUUCCACUAGGGACCACAUUCCUCUUCCUCAUCCAACCAGACCAUUACCAGAACUACCGAAAUCAUCACGGCCACGCCAGCCUUCAGGACGUGAGCCAAGCGGGGCACCGAAUAAAAAGACAAGCUUCGCGCCGGCCAACACGUACAUUGCUAUUACUAACACUGAGCGCAAACAACGGCUUUCACCUUCUCCGUCCCGACUGAGUCUCCCUUACAGAGACGGCGCCCGCGCUCCCUCACCUAAGCCUUCACUUGGAUCUACAAACUCAACAGGAUCAGGCAUGACAAGUCAAAUCGGCUUCGGGGCAGAAGACUCCCCCCCUGUGACUGUUCUGCCUGCACGCCGGCCGUCUCAGGCGGAAUUGGAUCGACAAAAGGCAUUAGCACAGCUAACCAGCGGCACCGCGUCUUCUUUGCGACGCGAAUCUCUUGCUACUUCAUCAGACCAACCCGACGAGCCAACACCACCGCUCAGCCCUUCCUCGGUCAACUUCUAUCUGCGAUCUGCCCGGUCAUCCAUUGAUGAUUCUGGCAGUCACGGCCGCGUCAUGACGCUUACCCGCCAAGAGGAGAUGCUUAUUUCUGCACUCCGCAAGAAAACCCAGGCCAUGCGUGAAAAAUCGCAAUUGGGGCCUAGCAAUAAACCUCCGUUGGACGGUCGACAAGGCAGAAGACACGUCUCGACUCCAUCACAAGUAAUGGUGACCGACUCCAUGCUCGAUUUUGACUUCCCCGCGCCUCCAUCUCACAGCUCAAAGCAUCGGCAGUCCGGAGCCAGUUCGUUGAUGAGUGCAUCCAUUCCGGAACACCCCUACAGCGAAGACGAGCAUUUUCGAGCACCCUCUCGCCUGACUACAGACACGUCAUCUGAAAGAGCAUCUUUUGUCUCUUCCACUCGUGGCCCAGAUGAGUACUCAGAGCAGCAUGAUAUCCGUGUGUAUCUUGAUCAAGGCAAGCAACAUAAUGGCCAGUGGAACCAAAUCGGCAGCGAUGGCCGAGUUGUUGAAGACCCAACCAACUCGUCAGGGUUUCAUGCCGUCUCUUGGGAUCAUCCGGAGGACAAACGCACUUCUAAGCUUAAGAAUAAGGCAACGCGACAGCAACCUCAAGCUGAGAGCGUCACUUCAAGCCCUAAACUUACCCGGCUCUCUGAGGAUGGCAACGAAGACGUACCUCGACCAGACAGCCCGAUAUCCAACGAGACAUUCCCUCAACCGCGGCCGCCCCGCCGUGCUGCGAUGAAUACAGCACGAUUGAGUGCUGUAGGGUUCGUGCGAAGAGAUACCGAGCCGGGGUGGUGGGGAGACGACGACUGA